CAGGCGGGGCCGCCCCUUCCUGCCGCCGGGGCGGGCGAGCGCGGGCGGGCGGGUGACCGCGCGAUGGACGUCAGCCACUCCGUCAAGGAGCGCACCAUCGCCGAGAACAGCCUGGUCAUCCUGCUGCAGGGCCUGCACGGCCGCGUCACCACCGUGGACCUCCGCGACGAGAGCACGGCCACGGGGCGCGUCACCAACGUGGACGCCUUCAUGAACGUGCGGCUGGCCGAGGUGACCUUCACGGACAGGCAGGGCACGGUGUCCCGCCUGGAUGAGCUCUUUGUGACCGGCAGGAACGUCCGCUACGUCCACAUCCCCGACGAGGUGGACAUCAGGGCCACCAUCGAGCGGCAGCUGCAGGCCAUCCACAGGGUCCGCUACUUCGGGGGCCGCGACAAGGGCAGGAAGGAGUUCCCUCGUGCCAAGCACAAGUGAGGCCACGGCGCUGCCCGCAGCCCUGCCCGCGGCAGGGCCGGGAUGGAGCUGCCCCUUUGACCGGACUGCCAGCCGCCUCUGCAUCUCACCACGGACUUCUCGCCCAGGGACUCGCGGCUCUGCUGCUCCCCUGGCCGGUGCCGGUGGGGUAGCACAGUUAAUUUUUUUUGUAAUGAAUAACCCUGCUUAAAAGGGUCUGUAAUCUCUCA